UCCUCGGUCUCGGUGAGGGCACGUUCCAGAGGCUAGGGUCGCAAGGUCUCAGGGUUUCCCCCGCCUGCUUCCUACUCCCAGAACUUAUACGCGGUCUGCCAGCCUUUGGCCUGGGGCCAGGCCCAUUCUGGUCCUGAAGGGGAGCGCGGUUAAAUGAAGAACAACAGACUGACCUUGGUCAGGGCCACCCUACAGAGAAGAGGGAGCCCCAGACCGGAAAAUGAUGUGGAGGGCGUUGAGUAGGCUUUGAGGGACCAGACUCUGGGUGGGAUGAGGACUUUCUGGAAAAAGGCCUGAAACAUAAAAAUCCCCAGACCAGUCAGCCUUCAUCCUUUUAAGACUGGGAGCAGGGGACUCUCCCUACUCUGCUUUCAUUACCUGAGCUGUGAUCCUCAUCCUGGCUUUUGUGCAAUGCCUCACCCCAGAGAGUUAAGCUCAGCGAAAGAGCCUCUCCUGCUUAGACACCUGUCAAGAAGAGACCCAUGUUUUCUGAUUCCCAGGCAGAGUCCAGCAGGCCUGAGUCCCUCACACUGUGCUGCCUGCAGAUUGAAAGAGAUGCCCUGACUUCUUAUGCCCCAUUGGCCUUUUCCCCAUAUUCCUUACAGAAGGUGGUUUAGAUCUGGUUUUAAAACUGAUGAAAAGUUAGGCAGAAACUCCUAGGUAUACAUCUUUGGGGAUUUGCAUGACUCCCUAAUUCUUGUCAAGAUGAAAAUUACAAAUUUAAAGUUUUGGUUCUUUUUCUUUUUCUUUUUGAAAACCCAGGAGGGUUCAACCACUGAGUCGCAAUCCCAAGCCCUUUUUAUUUUUAUUUCUUUAAAUUUUGAAACAGGGUCCUACUAAGUUUCUUAGGGCUUUGCUAAAUUGUUGAGGCUGGUUUUGAACUUGGGAUCCUCCUGUCUCAGCCUCCCCAGUUCCUGGGAUUAUAGUCAUACACCAUUGCACCUAGCCAAAUUUAAAGAUCUUAAUUGGUGUUAUUUGCAAAUGAUCCUAGAAUCCAGCAACACAUCUUUCUAUAAAAUAGAAUGAGUGUUCUGAUGAGCUAAGCAGGAGAAUUUGUUUGUUUGUUUCCCCUCUUUUUGUUUUGAGACAGUUUCUCCAUGUUGCCCAGGCUGGUUUCAAACUUCUGAGCUCAAAUAAUCGUCCCACUUUAGCCUCCAGGCUGGUACUAGAGGCCUGUACCACCAUAGCCAGUGGAUUAGAGGUUAGUUUAAUAGGCAGAAAAGUACUGAAGAAAGCAGAAACAGGACAAAAAACAGAUUAGUUUCAAGUUACCAAGGUUAAAAUGGAGGGACUUCCAUAUCAUCCUGACUCAGGUAAACUGGGCCCCUUUGGAUUAAUUGCUAUGAAUCUCAUGGUGAUUUUGUUGUUGUUGUUGUUGUUUGCUUUUUUGUUUUGUUUUUGACAACUGAUUGUUUCAGAGUUCAGUUUGAUCACGUGGCACCUAACACAAGUGACUACAUUCUGGUUUGGUCUGAUCUGCUGAGGCCUAGUGCAAGGAGGCUAAUCCAAAAUGAUGGGCUCCUAUAAAUUUUAUUUAACACUCUCUUUCCUCUGUUUGAGUCCACAGGACUCUGGAAGAAUGAGGUCUUCUCUGAUGCCUUUGGGGCCCCCUGUGAGCCGGGACCGCAUCAUCACCAACUUUCCUAAGUGGUACACACCUGAUGCCUGCCUGCAGCUCAAGGAGCACUUCCACGGGCAAGUCAGCGCAGCCUGCCAGCGCAGGAACACGGGGACUGUUGGGCUCAAACUCUCCAAGGUGGUGGUUGUUGGUGACCUCUAUGUGGGAAAGACCAGUCUCAUCCACAGGUUUUGCAAGAAUGUUUUUGACCGAGACUACAAGGCUACCAUUGGGGUAGACUUUGAAAUUGAACGCUUUGAGAUUGCUGGGAUUCCCUACAGCCUCCAGAUCUGGGACACAGCCGGACAGGAGAAGUUCAAGUGCAUUGCAUCUGCCUAUUACCGAGGUGCCCAGGUGAUCAUCACAGCCUUUGACCUCACUGAUGUACAGACUCUGGAGCAUACCAGGCAAUGGCUGGAGGAUGCACUAAGGGAGAAUGAGGCAGGCUCCUGCUUCAUCUUCCUCGUGGGAACCAAAAAGGACCUUCUGUCAGUAGCAGCAUGUGAACAAACUGAACUGGAGGCUGUGCACCUGGCCAAUGAGAUGCAGGCUGAGUACUGGUCAGUGUCAUCCAAGACUGGAGAGAACGUGAAGGCAUUCUUCAGCCGUGUCGCUGCCUUAGCAUUUGAGCAGUCAGUACUGCAGGAUCUGGAGAAGAGAAAUGGCACUCGGCCCCAGGUUGGCGAUGGAGACCUCAUCCGAAUGGAGGGGAGCUCACUGGAGACCCAGGAGAACAAGAGGCCCUCCAGCCUGAGCUGCUGUUAGCUUGGGCAAGCAUCAGAGGCCUCCACUCCUUGGGUGCAUGGGCAGCAGCUCCUGUGACGAUGGAGAGGUGACGUGGAGCUUGAACUCUGCAGUAUGUCUCCCCUCUAGGUGUAGAGGGCUUGCAUUCCCAAGGAUCAGCCGUUUUUCUGGCAGAUCAGGAGCCACUGACUGCCAGAGCACUCCACACUGCCUACCAAGGGGCAUCAUGCCUGACUGUGGGUAUUUCAGUGAGCUCCUUAAAUGGGCAGUCUCACCUUUAGGGUCAUCAGAAUGUCAUCUGUGGCCUUGAGAAGCCUCAGGGCUACAAGCUCAGGACACUCCUGCAUUGUCAUACAUCUUUCACCCAUGGCCCACAUCAGCAGUCAACCCUGGCACUCUUUCCAAAGAUCUUAGAUGUGGCUUCAGAAUCCUUCUCAUUACAAUGUUCCAGGUGACCAGAAUUUGUCAAGGAGAAAACCUACUUGCCAUCCUACCAGGGAGUUUUCUAUUAUCAAUGGGACAUGAAGUUCCAGGCCUUGGAACUCCAGGCCUCACUGUGCACUGUCCCUCUGCCACAGACUUCCGGGUUCCUUGGGCAGCCCUGCUCCUCUCAAAGGCAAUGGACAAGAAAGUCUCUCAGGUUCCUCCCUAGUACCUCUGAGAUCCCCAUGGUCCUGCCCUCCAGGUCAUUGGGCAACAAUGGACAGAACAAGCUGCUCACACGUCUGGCCCAUCUAGAGGAUGAAUUUCCUUUGCCAUACUGUGAGAUGAAGGACUUCAUGGCCACUCCUUGGAUAACUCACUUCUUAUCCCCUGAACUUUAUUCUGCCCUGCUCUGGCACUCAUGGUGACCACCGUUGCCUUCCUGCCUCUCUCUCUCCCAUUGGCCGUAUAUCUGCAGGACUUUUGUGAUCUGACCACUACUCAUCUAUAGAGGACUCAAGAGACUGUCCAGAGUCUGGCAUGUUUCUGACUCCACCAUUUCCUCUUGCAAACCCAGAGUAGGCAGGAACACCCCCAGCUCUCUGCCCAGAGUACUUGCCCUCCUCUGUGCCCCUCCUUUUGCUCUUCCAUGGGGUCUUUCCUGACCCUCUUCACUGCUAUUAACUUUCCCACCCUCCCCAUGCCACUCAUCUCUGCCCUCUGCUGGUACAUCCAGUAUCCCUGUCUGCUGCCUGUAGAUGGUGAGCAUUUUGUAGGCAGCUGUGCUGGUCAGCACCCUUCUAGUGCCUGGCACACCUCAUGUGCCCAGUAAAUGUUAAUUGACUAAUAACAAUUACCAAACAUCAAAAUUAUAAUGAACAAUGGCAUAUUUUUUCUGUUCAUUACCUCAUUACCUUUUCCUCAGUUUCUCUCUCUACAUAUGUAUGAUAUAUAAAACAUAUAUAUAUAAACACUUCUUUAUAUAAAUUGCAUUUGAAAAAAUUGUGUGCUUACUGUAAAAAAAAAAAAGCAAAACAGUACAAA